UCAUCGUUUUAUAUUUCUUUUAUUGGCGGGUAAUCCGUCCCCCAAAGUUACGUCCGGUUUACGGUUUAUGAUUAGCAGUCAACUGUGUAUGGUUUGCAUCACUGUGCCGUCGUCACCGCUAGUGAUUGAUUUACUUCUUUCAAAUCCUGCCUAACCCUCCCUUACCAUCUUGCAUCUUUAAUCUGCUGGAGUCUACCUCCUCCUGCGCCGACAGAACAUGUUUUCAGAAUACGCCUCAAGGUUUUUAGCUCAGUCGCAGUCCCGAUUAUCUAACUUCGGCCAACCCGACAACAAUGAUACCUCAAACCGACAAUCACAAGGAACACCAGGUCGUUUUGGUAGACAUCCCAGCCGGUCGUCAUAUCAAACCCGACUCGGAAAUCCUUAUCAGCCUUCUAAUUCUCGGUUCGGAGGUUUCUCGCGAUACAAUACUACUUCCGAUGCCCCGCUCUUCCAUAGUGCCUUAAACGAGUAUCGGGAAGAUGAAGAUGACGAUGAUGCGAGGGAAGCUGCUGAUCUCCGAGCCUUGCAACGGUCUCGCCGAGUAUUUGUCUCGAGUCGGCUGGAGGAAAGUUCGGCUUCUGAGGGCGAUGGUCUCGGUGCCUCAUCCGGGCACAAUGGGAGUGAGUCGCACGGUAAUAUGUAUUCCAGUGCUCGUCCCAUAGGAGGGAUCAAAAGCAGUUGGAACGGUGAAUCGAGCUUCAAGGAUAGGCAUUUCAAGCGCGACGGCGGCUUGGCUAAAGAGCCAGAUGGUUUAGGCAACACUCGACAAGAUUCUGGUAGCGAUGAAAGUGGAAAGAUGGUUGAUAUUGGUUUAGAAUCGACAGUACUAGACAAUGAGGUACCCGAUGACCUCUUACAAGAGACCCCUACAGAUUCAUCACCACCCGCUUUUCAGCAGUUUAAGUCGGCCUCGGGCGGUCCAAAGGGCUUAGGCGGUAGGAGAGGUUCGAACUUAGAGUACGACCAACGCUUGAUGCGUCAGGUGAUAACAGAGGAGGAUGAGGAUGAUGAAGCGGAAGGAGAAGAAGAACGAGGAGAAAUCCCUACGCCGGCGCCCACUCGGAUGUAUGGUGAGAUAUUUGUGCAUGAUCAGUUCUUCGCCUGGAUUUACCUCAUAGCUGUCGCAUCCCUUCUCGCCACCUUCGUGCUAGUAUGGUUGCACACAUCUGUACCUAACAGGAAGAUUGGCGACACCAUUUACACGACCCUUCAUUCUUCAUUCUACCUCCUGGCAGUGGACACUCUAGUUUCGAUCAUCGUCGCCUUAGUUUGGAUGGCAGCCUUGAGGUCCUUUGUUCAACCGUUAGCCCUACUCAUUCUACUAGGUGUUCCGAUCGUCCUCGUCGCCUUCUCGUUAUAUCCGAUGAUCUCUAGUUUUCAAGGACCGGAUCAUGGAUCACGACUGCAGGAUGUUGUCAUGAGAUGGGCUGCCAUUAUCCCGGGCAUAUGCUCUGUCGUCUGGGUUUGGCUAUUAUAUAAGGGACGUCAUGAGAUACAGAGAGCGAUAGACAUAUUGGACUUCUCGAGCCGCAUUCUCGCGGCCAACCCAGCGCUUGUGCUUCUUGGGCUUGGUUCGUUGGGCUUCGUUGUCGGGUGGACGUGGAUAUGGCUGUGGAUGUUCACGAGAAUUUUCCUUGGCGGCUACUUUUCCAAGUCUCUUUCGGCCUUCGUCAUCGGUACUGCAACUUGGUGGCUUGCGGUAUUCUUUUUCCUUAUGUACGUCUGGACUCUUUCCGUUAUGAGCGGAGUCGUUCGCGCUACGACUGGUGGUACAGUAUCAAAUUGGUAUUUCUUCCGUAACAACCAGUCUCCUGCCUCGUCCAACGCGAUCGUCAAGGGUGCAUUGGGACACUCUACGACGACAGUAUUCGGUACGAUUUGUGCUUCCACACUUUUGUCGCUGGCAAUUCGUGUCCCGAUAUUGAUCCUGCCUCGUCGCAUCUCGAGUAUAUUUGAGUUCAUAGGAUGGAGGCUGGCGCCCCGUCCAGUAUCUGUUUUAACUAACCCCUUGGCAUUAACAUAUGCGUCAAUUCACUCGUUGCCCCUGAUGGAAUCUGCAUCACAACUUAGUAGGAUCCAGUUUCUGGCUACGGGGCCUACUACGACUCUGACACCGAGCGCAUUCUCCCGACGUGGACAGUCCACUGCAUCGUUGAUGCCAUACCGAAUGGCGAAGAUGCUCCUCCAUGCUGCACGGUUCGUAAUGUCGACCGCACUAGGAUUUGCAGCAUGGGUUAUGACUGCACGGCAGCUGCAGAUUCAACUCCCGGAUGGUGGCAUCAGAGGAAGCGCGUAUGCGUACGUUGUGGGCAUGGUAGCUAGUAUGAUCGGUUGGGGUGUGUUAGGGGCUAUGGAAGGUAUUUUAUCCGGUAUUCUCGACGGUGUGCUUAUAUGCUACGCUAGCGAAAGGCGGCUAGGUAGUGAGCGAGCUACUUACUGUAUCGAGGCAGCGAGACUCUUCGAGGAGAGGCGAUAUGAUGAGCGGGACAUGGUUUGAUAACAUUAUUUUUUUUUUCUCAUUCAACUACAGUUUACGCAUUGCACUUUUUAGCCUCGGCGUUUGCGUCUAGGCCGCCAAAGAUGGUGGAUAGGAGUCUCGAGAUUGGACAGGACAGCUUAGAUUAGGUCUAUUGAAAC